CUCAACGGUGGCUCAGUGUGUUUGUGCUGGUGUUUGGUGUUUGCUUUUAGCCUUCGACAACGGUGGCAGUUACAAUGUUAAUUGCGGCAGCUUAGUUGCAGGCCACAACAAAACAAGAACAACAAAGGCAAGAACGGACCACUUAAACCGGAAAUAGACCAUUAAACGUCCACACACACACUCUAACACAUUAACACACACUCGCACACACAUAGGCAUCAUAUGGUGCGAAAGCCAAGCAGCUAAACAACAAACGGCGCUCUCUUUCUCUCCGUUGCCGCCGCCGUCGCUCUCUCUCAAGGUCGUCGGCUCAACACAGAAGACGCCAGCAACGAACGACACCCGCAACACGACGCAACUCGAGCCGCAACACGCAACAGCAACACGCAACAGCAAACAUCGCCGCAGCAGCAUAGAGCCAUUAGCCAUCCAUCAGCCAGCGAGUGGAUUCAGUUUUUGGCCAACUUCAGACGCGAAUGCAAGUGAGGUAAAUUGCGAGCGCUCAAAAGUAGGCAACACUUAGCUCUAACGGUGAACGGUGUUCGGUGAAACCGCAAGCGGAAACGGAAGUAAACAUUUGUUGGCGCGCGCACUUAAUUGAAAUUCAAAACGCUUAACCGAAAGCAAAUAGCGAUCAGCCGAUCGAAGCAAGACCAGGAAAAUCAAAGAGCUCUCAAGAUCCGACAAAACGAAGAUUGUUUAUCUACGCGCGCGUUGUAUUAAAAAAGAGUUAAAGUGCAUUUCCUAAAUAUACCAACCUUUUUAACUCCGUUUGUUGCAUUGGAUCAACGAUCGCCGUUGACGGUGGAUUCCUCCUGCCCCAAACGGAAAAAAUGCGAUAUGGAUCGAGAGCGAGAAAGAGAUGUCAAGGCCCUGGAGCCACGCGAUUUGUCCUCCACGGGCCGCAUUUACGCCAGAAGCGACAUUAAAAUUAGCUCCUCGCCCACCGUCUCGCCAACGAUCUCAAACUCCUCUUCGCCCACACCGACGCCGCCCGCCAGUUCCUCAGUGACGCCGCUGGGGCUGCCGGGAGCGGUUGCAGCUGCUGCCGCCGCCGCCGUCGGAGGAGGAGGAGGUGGGGGAGCCUCCUCGGCGGGGGCCAGUUCCUAUUUGCACGGCAACCACAAGCCCAUCACCGGGAUUCCGUGUGUGGCCGCCGCCUCCCGCUACACGGCGCCCGUUCACAUCGACGUGGGCGGGACCAUCUACACCAGCUCCCUGGAGACGCUCACCAAGUAUCCGGAGUCGAAGCUGGCCAAGCUCUUCAACGGCCAGAUUCCCAUCGUCCUCGACUCUCUGAAGCAGCACUAUUUCAUCGAUCGCGACGGGGGCAUGUUCCGCCACAUUCUGAACUUUAUGAGAAACUCAAGACUUCUGAUUGCCGAGGACUUUCCGGACCUGGAGCUCCUGCUCGAGGAGGCUCGCUAUUACGAAGUGGAGCCGAUGAUUAAGCAGCUGGAGAGCAUGCGCAAGGAUCGCGUUCGCAACGGCAACUAUUUGGUGGCGCCACCCACUCCACCGGCGCGCCACAUCAAGACGAGCCCGAGGACGAGCGCAUCGCCGGAGUGCAAUUACGAGGUAGUGGCACUGCACAUCUCGCCGGAUCUCGGCGAACGCAUAAUGCUGUCGGCGGAACGCGCUCUGCUGGAUGAGCUCUUCCCGGAGGCCAGCCAGGCGACACAGUCGAGUCGCAGCGGCGUGUCCUGGAACCAGGGCGACUGGGGGCAAAUCAUCCGCUUCCCCCUCAACGGCUACUGCAAGCUCAACUCGGUGCAGGUGCUCACCCGGCUGCUCAACGCCGGCUUCACCAUCGAGGCCAGCGUUGGUGGCCAGCAGUUCUCCGAGUAUCUGCUGGCGCGCCGCGUUCCAAUGUGAUAGACUCCGGCUCUGGCUCUGGCUCUUCCUCUUCCUCCGGCUGCCCCGGCUCCACAGGAAGCGGGAGCUGGCGUUGCAGCGGCUCCUAGUAUUGCUCCUGCGACUCCUGUGGCUUCUGUUUCCGGUUCCGGUUCGGGUUCGGGUUCGGUAUCGGUUUCCAGUUCGGGUUCGAGUUCCCUGCGACGCGGCCGGCUGAUCCAUGUGCGCUGCAGGCGUUAGUUGCCACCGGAACGGGGUAAAUGGUAAAUGGGUGGGUCUCCGUUGGGUGACUUUAAAAAUGAGGGAAGUAGGAUGGAAUCUAUGAACAAUUCUAAGGUAUAGUAACAGGUAUUUACCUGUCACGCUUAAGCUACAAAAGGAACAACUUGUUUGUGGAGAAAUAACAUUUAUUUUAGUAAUUUUAGCCUUAUUUUUGGUGAAAAGAAAUGGUAGUUAAGCUGUAGAAUUCAAUCAUUUCCAUGGGGAAACGUUUUAAAGCUUUACUUGAAUAUCAAAUAUCGGUUUUAUCAAAUUGUCUUCCCUUAUUUCGACUGAUUUUACAAUUUCAAGAUAGAUAAAAAAUGAUUUUAAAAUGGGAAAUUGUAAAGUGUGGUUGAUUUAUCUUAGAAAAAUUAUUUAAAAUUAGUUUUUGUUAUUCACUUUAAAAACUCAAAUACAAAAACUGCAUUUUCGUAGCUCAAACUUGACCUAGAAUUGUUCAUAUAUUAAAUUCUAUAUUAGCAAGUCGACCCACCCACGUUUUGGGGGAACCGUGCAUUGCUGCUCUGAGCAGUUUGUCUUUUAGCAAUACUUGGACAACCUUCGCUGCGGAUACAAGUUCUGAAUCUGAAUCCAAAUGUUAUUUAAUGUUUAUCAAUUAAGUUUGCUGGACACAAGCACACGCGUGCGUAUUAUUAAGCAUUUAAAGAGCCAAGAGCCCAGCACUGAUUUUGUUUUUAGCCUUGCGUUUAAGUCGAGUAUUGUUUUCUCUAAGUGUACCACCUACAGCUAAUGACCUUGAGUUGUUCCAUUGAAACGAAUUGGCCAGGCAUUGUAGCUGGCAUAAAUUAUUAUAAUACACAUACAAACACACACAAACAUGCGCCCACAUACACUGAAAACUAUGGUAGAGUAACAUUGACUCAAGAUCGACUCACAGCGAAAAUAGUUUUGUAGUACUUAAUUGAUGUAAUUGAACCUUUAUGAAUGUAAACUAUGGGAUAACUUUUUCAAUAUAUACGAACCGACGUCUAAAUAGUCUACACCAAUUCAAAUACAAUUACAUGCAAAUAUAGAUAUAUUCAACAAAAUACAGUUUGCGACCACGCCCUCUAUAGAACAACCACUCAAUUGAAUAUUUAAAUAAAGCAAAAAAUAC